CCCAGCUUCCAGCUCAAGUCUUCACGCCUAGAAGCAUUCCUCGCGCUCGUAAACUGGAGAUGAACCCUUAGCAGCUAUCAGCCACGGCUUAGUACGAUUCAGGUGACCUUUUGGAAUCGUUGGCGAGCCGUCGAACGCGUCGGGAACCGUUGUUGUCAUCUCCGUCAGAACCUCAUCACAGCUUCCAGCAAAGCCACGCAUGAUGGCAACAACACGGAUGAAGAUUCCUGUAGGCAGCGCGCCAUGGCUCAUACAAGAGAGGCGACAAGCCAACGAGCUUGUCGAGAUGGAGGCGGAAGAAUUUAGCUAUUCAGUACGAAACGAGAUGGAGUGGCUGAACGAACACAUGUCGGACAUCUUUUCGGCAAGCAAUCUGAACGUGACAGAUAUCUUCAAAACGCCUGGGAAGUUGCGCGGCAAGACUCCACGGACUGCACGAAAGCGGAAUGCACAGGGUGAACGCGCCCCAUUGACUGACAUCUUUGCACCAAACGCGCAAACCUCAACAAGCCCAACCAAAACUCAGUUUUACAAACAGGUCGCACAAAUUCAGCAACAGCAGGAUGAAAACCACGUCGAGAAACACCCACUGUCUGCCCCAUCACCUCCAAAGCAGCCUCUGUUGCGAAACAAGGAGAACUGGGAUUCCGGCUAUCAUGGCAUUACAGAUGAUGAAAUGGAAGUGGAUCGCUUACAGUCACCAACACACGGUGCGCAAAGCCCAAAGAAAGCAACACCGCAGGUUCCCGUCGAACCAGAACGACCUGGUUCUUCAAUCGGUGAACGAAGGACUACAGAGGAGACAUUUGUCUCGGCACGCGAAGAUGCGAGCGGAACGGGCUCGAAAGAAAAUUUGCGUGAUGAUGACGGCUCCACCGUAGCUGAUGAAGUACCAGAGCCUGUAGAGGAGCUUAAGCCAGACACAGCUAUCCAGCCAGUUGUGGAUAUAAUCUCAGCAACUCAACAGACAGCCGACGACAGUGCCGAGAACAUGGAUGUUGACGAAGUUCGUUCGCCAUCAGAUGCGUCAAGCCCCAUCAAACCGCUUUUACGGAAGAGUAGUUUCACCUUCUCAUCUCUUCCGUCACGAGAACCGUUGGCGCAAAAGAAGAGUAUAGGGGCGCGUUCCUCAGUCCUAAACCAGGCACGUUCGAGUUUUCUGGGUCGUUUUACAGGUGGCAAGAGCUUAGGCGGUCUUCAGCAAGCGUCACACGCGCAUGACGAUGCAGAUACUAUGGACAUAGACGCUCUCCCAAAACCGCCUCUUGGGCGUGAAGACUCAGAGACUACCAAAAACCAUAAUCACUCCACAACUCAGGAGCUGCGAAAUCGCAUCAAUAUGUUGGGGCAGUCACGAGAUAUGCGCACGUCCAAGUCAAUACCUAACCUUAAUGCGUCUACAACGCAGCCACUCUACCCCCAAUUGGAAAGGGUUCAAAUUGAUAAAUUUGAAGGGAACGAAAAUGCUAGGCCGACUACGGCGCCUGCUCCUACCUCGCGGCUCGAAGUCGCUUCCUCUUCUGCAGCAGCAGCAGAAGAUGAUGAAGAUGAUUGGAUUGCACCCAUACAGUCUGUGACGCAGAAGGAUGCUCUGCGACCUGAUCUUUCUAGAACUCAAACUGCUGAGUCAGUAGAACGUACAAACAGUGCAAAUGAUGUUUUGUUGGCGCAACCAGACUCACCAAAGAGGAAGAUGUCACCUACGCGACCGAAAUUGCCGUUUGGACACAAGAAGGCCGCUUCCUCCUCAAUCAUUGAAUCACCUACCAAGGCGAUUAUGGCUCCUUCGGCUGAACACCAAAAAGCGAUCUCAGUCUCAAACCCAAAUGUGCCAUCGGCUAAUAAUUCAACCACCCCCAUCGGUUCUCCGAAGAGAGGAAACUUCGAUGGUGCUGUCAGUGCGACGAAAGCAAAGCUCUACUCGGCCUUUCGCUCUGCGAAAGGCAUCUUUGCCAGCAGUGCAGGAGUCAGUGCUCAGGCAAAGAUGGAGGCCCUUUCCCCAGCCCCAAAAGCGAGACAUGCGCCUACAGAAGAACACGUGUUUGACAAUGACGUGGCGUACCCAAGUCUUCCGCAAAGCCGUGUUAUUUCCGCCGAAAGUGUUGUCAGCGCAGCGACAGCAUCAACUGAGGGUAGGCGGACGCGUAGCUCCUCCGAGAAGGAGCAGAAGCGAAAGGAUAAUGAAGCCAAGCAGAUCCAGAAGAUGGAGGAUGAACUUCAGAAGAUACGCGAGAAGGAACGCCAGAAAGCGGCCGCUCAUGCAAACAAACUGCAGUCUCCUUCCAAAGAAACAAUUGCAUCGCAACCACGAGCACCUCCUAGUCGCGCUGAAUCGGAGCGAAGCAAAGCCACUACGGAAGCUGACUCUGGGGAUGAAAUGCCUCCCCCACCACCACCUAAGAGCAUGCUUCCAACGGGUCAGCCCCAGCGCCUGCGUGAUCCUCGUCGCAUCGCGAAGCCCACAAAAGAGGCUGCUACCAAGGUAAAACCAGCCCCGGUCACGAUUCGCAUGCAUGUACCCUCUCAGCUCGGCCACCGACCAGUUCCUGGACCAUCAACGGCUGCACUUUCCCAGUCUCUCCACGAGUCUUUGCCACCACCACCACCGCCCAAGCCCGCCAUUACUUCCAAGGCUUCGACCACAUCUUUGCAUUCGUCGACAUCAACCGGCAACCUGCGUACAGGAAACCCUAGUGCGGCUGCUAAGAAGGCGCUGGACGCUGCAGCUAAGAAGAAGGAAGCCGAUGCUAAGGCAGCGCAGCGUAAGGCAGAUCGACAACGCGAAAUUGAGCAGCGACGACAGGCAAAACAGGAUGAAGAACGUCGUAAACUUGAGCAAGAAAGGCAAAAACAAGAAGAAGAGAGACGGCGAGUUGAAGAAGAGCGUCGUGCAGAGCAACGUCGUCGACAGGCUGAGUUACAGAAACGAGAAGAGGCCAAGCGAGCAGCUGCAGAACGUCAGGCUGCAGAACAGAAACGGCUUGAACAAGAGCGUCUUGAACAACAGAGAAUUGAACAGCAACGCCUCGAGCAACAACGCCUUGAACAGCAACGCCGUGAGCAACAACGCGCUCAGCAAGAAGGCUUUGCUUAUGCUCUGAAGCAGGAGAAGGCACAAAACGCUCCUCAGCCUCGAGCAGACAUGAGUGGCGCACGUCCUAUAUCACGUAUGAUGCACCACGACGGCCGUCCACCUGUGCAGGUCAACCCUGUCAAGCCUAAGCGGGCUCUCGCUGAAGAGGAUGAACAGCACCAACGUCCAGCCAUUCAAAGAAAUCCAGCUUCAUAUCAGCAACAUGACGCAAAGCGGAGAAAGACCAUUGACGACGAGGAGGAGCCUACUGAGCCUCGCCGCUCAGUCAUGGCUGGUCCGCCUGUACGUCAAUCAAACAUGGGCAAGGUCAACAAAUUCCCUCACGGCUAUGGAGCUGCCCCUGCUCCUGCUCAACAUGCGCCAUCAAUGUUCAUUAAGACUGUCACCGGACAGCAUCAGAUUAUGCAUGGUAAACCGAACGACAUGUCCAAGUUUGCAAAUGUCCGUCCUCCCUUCGCGGAUUCCAGUCAAGUUGCAACAGCUAGCACAACCAACAUGCACAAGACACCUGGACGGCCCAUUUCCACCGCGCAUGGCAUGAAAUCCAAUCCUGUGUCAGCAGCUAAGUCGUCGCCUCACUACCCGAAUCCUGAAUCCAUCCAUCUACCAGAAAUUGCCACGGACUCCGAAGACGAGGACUCAGAAAACGAAUUCCAAGCGCCUUCUUGGACCGAGUCUCCAGCACUGAGACAAUUGUUGACGGAGCAACAGCUUGUGGAUCCACAAUCUGUUUUCGGUCCUAUAGCUCCGUUGAGAAUGGAAGAAGUGUUCAGGAAUAAGGAACGUCAGAAGAAGUUUAGGGAACGAACGAGUAGUGCAAAUUGGAGCGGGGCCGAUCGGCUAACAGAGGAGGAGAGGCAGAGAGAUCGAGAGGCAAGGGAAAGGCUGAUGAGAGAUGGAGGAUGGAGCUUUAUCCCAGGACAGUAGAAUUCUAUAACUGACCUGGUGCUCAUGAGAUGAUUGAGAGAUGUUAUGAUGACUAUUGUUUAUUGAUAUGCAGAUUUGGCGUUCACUAGGUUUUGGGCCUUGAAAGGGGGAACCUUGUGACUGUGAUAUUUUCUGCAUCGUACAUGGAUUCAAGUUUUGAAUAGUCAAUAACAGCACGUACGAUGCUGCAAAUUUACUGCCUCCUUUGACUGUUUAGUUUUUUGGUCAUGAAGUUAGUUAUGGCCAAAGUAGAAUUCUUGACCGCAUGGCACGCAAGAUUUUUGUAAAGACAACCGAGAAUACAUGAUAUUAUCG